CCCCCGGCCCCUCCCUCAGUCACCCCUUCAUAUAGAGCAGCUGUUCGGCUCCUGAGCCUCGGUGUCGCAUCCCAACUCCAAGCAAACCAACUUCCCAAGUUCUCCUCGAGUCCCGGAACCAAGCCUCCUCAGCAGACAUGGAGAGAACCUUCAUCGCUGUGAAGCCCGACGGCGUCCAGAGAGGACUGUGUGGCGAGAUCAUCAGGCGCUUCGAGCAGAGAGGCUUCAAGCUGGUCGCCGCUAAAUUUGUGCAGGCCUCUGAGGACCACAUGAAGCAGCACUACCUGGACCUGAAGGACAUGCCUUUCUACGCAGGACUCUGCAAAUACAUGUCAUCUGGACCAGUCUUCGCCAUGGUUUGGGAGGGUCAGAACAUUGUGAAGCUGGCCAGGAUGAUGCUGGGUGAGACCAACCCCGCCGACUCCAAGCCCGGCAGCAUCCGUGGAGACCUGUGCAUCAACAUCGGCAGGAACAUCAUCCACGGCAGCGACACCCUGGAGAACGCCAAGACGGAGGUCGGCCUUUGGUUCAAGCCCGAGGAGAUCGUGAGCUGGACCCCCUGCGCCCAGACCUUCCUGUACGAGUAAACCACGCCCACCAGUCUGUUAACCCCGCCCAUCAGUCUGUUAAUCCCGCCCACCAGUCUGUUAACCCCGCCCACUCUACAGUCGAUCCUUCUUGGUCCCCAUCAGCCCCACCGAUGGUGCAGGAUUGAUCAAUAAAUGUUCAUGUUGACCACA